AUGGGAAAGAGCUGCGGAUCAAAGGAGAUUUCUUUGCCCAUUCGGGCCGCUAUUCUUACGCUCCAUUUGUUCACAAAUAUGUCGUGGACAGAGAUCUCUAAGCUGUUAAUGGUUCAUCCAGAAACAGCGAGAUUGAUCUGCAAGAGAGCAAGGGAGAAUGCCCCCGGAGAGAAAACUACCAGAGAUCUCUAUACUGCAUUAGAGGGGCAAAAAAGACCUGGAAAACCGGAAAUUAUACCUCCCGAGUCUCAAGUCUCAACCAGGUUAAAAGAGGUAGCGCUUCAAGACCAAGAGCACCGAGAGAAGAAAUGGGUGGACAUAGCGGAUGAGGUUGGAAUAGUCGCAUCACGUACCACUAUUGAACGGGUAAUGCACAAUCAGCAUCACCUAGGACGAUUCAAUUCAAUUGUCAAACCUCCCUUGGAUCGAAAAAACAAGGAAAAACGACUUGAGCUGGUGGAUCGUGCCAAUGGUAUUCCCGCAAAUUGCUGGAUGUUCUCGGAUGAGUGUUUUAUUGAGGUUAAUGCACAAUCAAAAAACCGCCACGGUCGCAUUACUAGGCCAGUAGGAUCGAAUCCGUAUGACUAUGCACACCACCGAGUCAAAGAACCAGCUGGGGCUAAAUUCAUGAUAUGGAGCUGUAUAUCCUUUGGCUAUCGUGGACCUUUGUUUAUUUGGGAGAAGGAAACAAAUGAAGAAAGACAAUUCUACGAUGAUAUAGUGAACCGGGAAAAUAAUGAGAAGAAAGAGCGUCAAAUUACGCAGCAAAGAUUAGCCACGCAGCCUGGGACUGAAGAAUACCGAAUUCUUUCAGACAUCAACGAACACAUCAAACAACUAGAUCAGGCUAGUCCAUUGCCCUCUAGUCGCUCACGUCAAAAAAGAAGGGCAGAAUAG